AUGGAUCAAGCAGCGGCAUUGGAGAUACCGCACCUGCGGCAUCUCCAGGAAGCGAAAAUGUUUGCCAUCGACGUGGGUGGAUCAUUGGCGAAGAUCGCUUAUUUCUCGAAUGUACCUGUUAAGAGAGCCCACUACGCCGACAACAAAAUUGUCUCGUGUAGCUCAGGGCGCUUGCACUUCGCCAAAUUCGAAGCCCGGCAACUCGAGAGCUGCCUCAACUUCAUAAGGGAGCAGGGACCCCCAACAGAGAUACGAGCGACCGGUGGGGGCUCGCACAGGAGGAAAGAAUUGAUUCAAAAGGCCCUGGGUCCUCAAUGCACAAUCUAUUUGGAGGAUGAGAUGAAGUGCAUCGUUACGGGAGCUAACUUCCUUCUCAGGAACAUUCCGCAUGAGGUGUUCAGCUACGAAAAACGUGAUAACUUCAAAUUCAAACCUAACGACACCAACGUCUUUCCCUACCUUCUAGUCAACAUUGGCUCCGGGGUCUCGAUAAUCAAGGUCGAAUCCGAAACUUCCUUCGAACGGAUCGGAGGUUCAGCUUUGGGUGGAGCUUCGUUCUGGGGCUUGGGUUCCUUGUUGACCGGAACUCGAGAUUUCGACGAGCUGCUCCAACUGGCCGAAGAAGGGGAUCACCGCAGCGUGGAUACACUGAUUGGAGAUAUCUACGGAUCCGACUACGUCGGACUCUCGGCGGAUACGAUCGCUUGCUCUUUUGGGAAACUCUCACGAGUUCACGCCACCUCGGCGACCAACAACGGUGGAGACAACAACAACAUCCGCGACAAUGUCAACCCUGCAGAUUUGGCGCGAUCCUUGUUACUCGUGAUAUCGAACGACAUCGGUCAGCUAGCCAGUCUGUACGCGCUUUCGCACAACUUGGACAGGGUGUAUUUCGGAGGUUAUUUCCUUCGUUCAAGACCACUUUCGAUGCAUACGCUUUCGUUCGCUGUGAACUUUUGGUCGAAAGCGAAGGUGGAGCCGCUUUUCCUCAGACACGAAGGCUAUCUAGGGGCCAUCGGAGCGUAUCUGGCCGGGGACAAAUCAGCAAUGAUUUCCGAUAAAGUUUCCUGGGCGGAAAACUACGCAUGCAGCUCCCUCGCCGGAGUUCCUGGGACGGCCCCUAGCCACCUCGAAAUGGAUUUGUUCGAAUGGCCCAUGGUAUCUUGCCCGUUGCUGAAGCAUCCGGAAAAAUACACUGCAGAUACCGUAGACCUUACGAAAGAUGCACCCGCACGAGAAUAUUGGUUGGAUUGUUUCGAGAACGCUAUUACCAAGUUUGUUGAAGUCGCUGUUGAGAGCCAGAAGGACAAAAUCGACGCAGAGGAGAGAGGACAAGCCGUUCGUGAGAAAUAUCUCGAGAAAAUCAAGUACCUCCGUCUGAAUCCCUGCGUGUACGGAUCGUUGACCGUGCGAAGUCUGUUGGACAUGAGAGAACAGUGCCUGCUGGAGUUCGAUUUCGCCGAUCCUUACAUGGUGCAGAAACGAACCGAAAAUCAACUAGCGCUCGGCGAGCUGAAGAAGCGAAUCACACAUUUGGAUUCGAUCGCCGACGAUGUCGAACGUCAGACUGAGCUGGUCAUAGGUCUCCUCGCAGGGAAUGUGUUCGAUUACGGGGCCAAAGAAGUCGUUCGGCUACUGCAAGAAGCCGAGACCAAGAAUGAGUCUUUCGGUUUCGAGAGAGCCAAUAGCCUCCUUCAGAAACGACCGUGGCUGGUGGACAAUCUCGAUCAGUGGCUGGAGAGAGCCAAAUCUCACGUUCACAAAUGCGCUGCGAUCUUCGUAGAUAAUUGUGGUGCCGAUUUCGUGCUUGGCGUCGUCCCCUUCGCCCGAGAACUUGUUCGACGAGGGACUCGCGUCAUGCUCUGCGCCAAUGCACGGCCAGUGCUCAACGAUGUCACUUACGACGAGUUGCGACUCCUGGCCGAGCAAAUCGCAUCCAUCUGCCCAGUCUGGAAUCAGGCUCUCAGAGAUGGCCGAAUCAAACUCCAAGACUCCGGCCAGAGCUCACCGUGCUUGGACUUCGCGCGUAUCAAGAGACAAACGGCCGAAGAACUCUCCCUUUGCGAUUUAUUGGUCAUAGAAGGCAUGGGACGCGCCAUUCACACAAACUUCAAUACUGAGUUCACCUGUGAUUCAAUCAGAGGAGCCGUCCUCAAGAACAAGUGGCUGGCUAAGCGACUCGGCGGAGAUAUGUUUUCAGUGGUGUUCAAGUUUGAAGCGAAGGACAAUGUUACUAAGGAAUAGAGAAGAUUUUCCAUAAGAACGAUCACGGAGGAGCCACAAUCCAGAAGAAAACUUCAAGAGCCUCUCGUGCUUUCUCGAUCUGUCUUCGACCAAGCCAAUGAGUCUGGGAGAACUUUUUUCCCCGAGUCUUUCUACCAAAUACAAUAAAAAGAUUUCUGA